AUGGCUGAAGAAAGGUUAGUUUUUUGUAGAUUUAUUGAUUAACCUUUUACUCUUCAUAAUCUUACUGUUUGCCUGUUUUAGUGUGCUUCAUCCAUUAGUUUUAUGGGCUCAACGCAAGGACACAGUCCUCCUAACCAUUCGGCUAGAAGAUACCAUCGAUCCAGAAAUUAAACUGGAUAAGGAAAGGAUGUACUUUAGGUACAGUAUAAAAAUUACCAUGCUAAAGUACAUUGUAUGUUUCAUAUGAGUUAAUGUUGUGUAAUAACUGUGAAGUGUAGGAUAUAUGAUCAUGUAUGUAAUAUGAUUUUGCAAGAAACUGGGCUGGCUGAAAAUAUUUUGACAGGAAAUUAUAAAUUAUAAUAUCAAACUAUUUGAUGUUUGUAGAUGGAAAUUUCGAGUGUGAAUUUUAUACAUUAUUUAGACCUAUUAAACCAGGAGCAGUUGCAAAAAAUGCAACUUACUAUAAAGGCCCUGUGGUGGGAAUUGAACAUGUAGCCCUGGAAUUCCAUGGCCUAUCCAGGGUGCAUUCCAUGUAAAUUCUACGCCGGAUAUACGCCAACAUGUACGAUCCUUUAUGCCAGUACAUUGGAGAUUUUCAAUUUUGGGGACUUAAAUCCAGUGGUGGAACCAGAAAGUUUUUUUGGGGGGUGCUAACCAAUGGCGAAAUGAGCGCCGAAGACACAAGAUUUCUCUAGAGGGUGGUCCGGGGAAAAUUUCUAAAAUUUGGGUCUCUGAAAUGGCAUUUCCAGCAUUCUGAGAAAACAUUCUGGAAAAUUCUUAGAUUCUCAAAACAUUUAAAAAUUCAGAAUAUUUAAUAUUGGCUAUUCUGCUAUUGUCAACUAGUGAUAUGCAACUGAAUUCCUUAACAUAAGUUGGUUAGAAUUAGGAUAAACGUAAUUUUUGCAACCCCCCCCAUGCACCCCUGUUGACCAGAGCCUGGGAGCGUGUGCCCCCCACCCCCCCUAAAUCCACCACUGCUUAAAUCCAUGUUUUGAAAAUAGCUAAUUAAUAUGGUGUGUUUUUAAUAUGUACUGCAUGUCAACAUAUUCGUGUAGUUAUACUGUCAAUUUACAUGUGGCCAUCAAAUCAGGCACAAACUGAUCACUUGUUUUCGAGUGAUCUCACACCAUUACGCUAACAAUUUUGUAACCUCAUGCCGGAUAUAUCCGGCGUGGAGUGCAUGGAAUGCACACUGGCAGCCUAUAGAGUAUAUAUAGUAAAACUUUUUGCAAUUGUUCCUGGUUAGGUCUAAAUAAUGUAUAAAAUUCACACUUGAAAUUCCACCUACAAAACCCUUCUACAAUUAGUUAUAUCCAGUGUAGAUUGAUGCCCAAAAUCCUGAUAUUUACCUACUAUACACCUAUUUUUGAUGUUUGCUUUUUAUACAAAAAUAGUUGGGAUGCGAAUUUAGGUUGCUAACAAAUUACAACUUGUCAAGUCAGUCCUCAAACAUUUUUGGCUUGGAAUAUAUGUUUUUAUACAUUAAUCCCUGAAAUUCACAGUUGUUUGUGCUAUCUUUUGACCAGGCAUUCUGGAAUUCCGCGAUGCCACAAUUUCGUGGAAUCGUCCAAAAAUUCUGUGAAAUUUAGUUUGAGUCGCGGAAUUUAAACUUUGGUGAAGUAAUUUUUUUUAUUUUCCCUUAAUUAAAUUCACAAAAAGAUACAUUUGUGUGAUAUGAAUGAUACUGAUAUGAACAAACUGAUACGAACGGAGAUUUCCUUCAAAGUGGAAGGACUUACAUUGAUAUUCAUCAUUUCACUAGCCACUAACAUUUAUUAGCAUGUUAAUUUUUGAACUUCUAGUAAUCAAGUUCUUGCAACUGCACUUCCGGUUCAUAGAAUGUCAUUUACGAUCUGUACCUUUGGUUUGUGAAAAAAGUUUGAUAAUGUUUGAUGACAAUGCAGUCUUCCAUGACCAUGGUUAAAAUACAAUUUAAAAACAUUGGCAGUGGCAAAACGUUAGCAAAAACCCACUCAGGCACUGUGAUCAUUGUUUCUAUUUUCGCUUCUCAAACUUGCUGUCACAUGGUACUUCGAUUAAGACCCACAGAUUGAAAAUUAGUACGGCGCUUAUUUGGUGACGGCGCUCAAACGAGUAAUUACAGUUUUCACAUCGAUGACGUACAAUCUGCUGUUUUGUUUUAUGUUGGGACUCACUGUAUAUUAAAUAUGUCACUCAGAUUUCUUGUGAAACCGAGAACUUCUAUUCAUCUUUCUAAUAUAUUUCUUACUACCGAGUAUCUAAAUUGAAAUGACCCUACAAUUACCUCAUGUUUAUAGUGGUAGAUAUUGAUAUUUUGCCUAGAAACAUCUGAAUUUUGUCUGCAGAAUUUCUCAUUUUGGCUACGAAAUCACUUAUUUUGGCCACGGAAUUGACCUAAAAAAUUUUGCGGAAUUUGCUAUUUUUGCCCGCAGAAUUCCAGAAUGCAUGUUUGACAGUUUAAGUUUGUUCAUUCACUGCAAUCAUGUUUCGCUCACUACUCUGGUUUAAAUAAAUGAUUACAAAGCCCAGUCGAAUUGUAAUCAAGACCCAACGUUUCAACACUCCAGUCUAGUGUCUUCAUCAGGGGUGAUCUAAAGAUGCAAUCGUGGCUUCUUAAAUACCCAAGGGAUGACGUCACCUAGCUGCCAAUGAGAUGCCAGAGGAAUACAUGCAUCAACAGUUUCAUCUCCAUGUUAGGCAAGACUUUUUUUAUUUAUUGGUUUACAAAUUUUACUUGAAAAAAAAAAACAGGUUGGUAGGUUGGAAAAUAAUUUUAAAAAACAUUGUUUUUCAAGAUUGUCACAACGAUAACAUGAGCCAGUAGUACUUAGAGUCGUUUACGUUUAUACUUGGCGUGUACUUCAUGUCAGAACCCCAAAUUAACUAAAAUUAACUAAAACCGUAAAAUUGUUGACAUCCAAAUUUUUUUUUUAAUUUUCACUUUCUGAAUUUUUACGGUCGGCGGAUCCGUAAACCAAUGAAUAAAAAAGUCUUGCCUUAUUGGUAAUCUUAUUUCUUAUUGCUGGUUUUACCAAUUAUUAUAUUUGGCUAGCUUAUUAUUAAUUAUUUUAAAAUAGCUGAUUGAUCAGCUUUGACGAUUGUUUCCUGAUUAAGUAGCUCAUAGCUAUCCAUGGAUGCAUAUUCGAAGCGAGGGGUCUGAGGGUUUUUAGUCUUAUUUAAUUCAAAAUCCGUAUUUCAAUCGUGCUACUGUCAUUUUAUCCAGCAAGCAUUUAAAUUUCUGGGGGAGGGGGUGCAAAUUUCUCUAGGUGGGGAGGUGCAAAUUUAUCUAGGUGGGAGGGGAAAAUUUUGUGAGGGGUUGCAAAAUAUUGGGGGGGGGGGAGGUUGGACCCCCUGGACCUUACCUACUGUGUAGUCUAUACUUAUUAUGAUCUAUCCAAAUAGAUUAUUGAUGUUUCACUUUGGGUACCAAUUUUUUUACUAAUUAUAUUUUGAAAACUGUUGACUAGUACUGUUGUUUAGACUAAAUGCCGACAUAAAUGACUUGCUGACGCCACUGACUGACAAGGCUUUUAAGUUGCUACACCGAUUUUCAGCACACAUUUUCCAUCGCACAUUUUUCAGCGAUCUGGAAUCCUUUGCCAGGGCUUAUGGUCACUUGUUAGCAUGAUUGAUGGCUUGCAUUCACAGAAGCAACUUGACAAGUUAUUUAUGGAGUGGCUUAUAUAUGGAGGAUAUUUUGUUUUAGUAAUUUAUUACAAUAACUGCACAGUUAAUAAAACAAUAAUAUUGUAAUGUAAUGUAAUAAAUAUACGAUCUAUUUUGUUCAAAUAUAUGCCCAUGAGCUUAAUAUAUAUAAAUAGGUAGGCUAAAUAUUUGGGGUUGAUGAUGACAAUGAAUCUGAAUUAGAAUAACAAUAUAACUCAUUAUCUAUGUUAGUCAACGUUUAUUCACAUACCUAAUUUUAAGAAUUUUUUAUCACUGCACAUUUUAUGCCAAAAAUUUCCGAAUGACUAGGAAAAUUUCCGAAUAUUCGGAAAUUUUUGGCGACCUCCCCCCCCCACCCACCCCCCCUCCCCCGUCGCCAAAAAAAUUUUGGUCAGUGUACCAUUUUAAGGGUCAAAAAUUUUUUCCGGACAUACCAAAAGCCAGAUAUUAACUAAAAAUUGCCUGAAUCUCAUGAUUUUCGUACAAAAAACAUAUACUAUUAUUUAAUUCGAUAAUUUGGCAGUCAUCAUUUCAAUUUCAAUUAAAUCAUUCUCUUGUGUUAAUUAACAACUUAUCAAAGCAAAUUUUAUCACUGCACAUUUUACAUUUUAUCACUGCACAUUUUACUUUUAUCACUGCACAAAUUGGUUAUCACUGCACACUAAAAUUAGCUAUGUUUAUUCAUAAAUCUGGUUCUUCACCAUCACGUGCUUAUUGUACUUUUGCCCAACUAACCAAUAACAUUGUUUUAGGAAAGUUACCUAUCCGUGACUCGAACAAUAGGGUAAAUUGAAAAUUGCUAUUGGUGGAUUUGGCAAAGAUACAAUACACACGUGACGGUGAAGGACCAGAUUUAUGAAUAAACGUUGACUAACAUAGAUAAUGAGUUAUGCUGUUAUUCUAAUGAGUUUCCAAACCAUCUAUUCUAUUAACUAUGAUUUAAUGAGAGUAACUUGUAUAGCUAAUUGCUAACAAACUUGAGGCCCUCAACUGACUAAUAUUACAAUGAUGAUAUAUAAAUGUUAAAAACCUAAACCUUUAAAUAGCUACAUGACAAGAAUGUAUAAAAUUGCGACAGUCGUGUAAAAUGAUGAAGUUGUUGAUGUUCAAAUAUGCUGUUCCACAAUUAUUCUUAAAAGAUUUUACAGAAACAUGGCUUCUCAGAUCUAAUGGAAGAGCAUUCCAUAGUUUUGCUCCAGUUACAGCGAAUGUUCUUCCGUCUGUCUCUCGGAUAUAUCUUGGUCAAAUAAUAUUGGUGUUCUAGUAUUUCGAGAGUGUCUUAUUUAUAAUAAUAUGUUCUUCUAAAUAACUAGGAAGCUCACCGUGAAUAUGUUUAUACAUAAUUGCACAUUUGUUGAUCUUACUCUCUUCAUAUAGAAGGGACUUAGAUAUAUACAGUAAUUGAAGUGUGUGCAUAUAAAUGUUGUUGCAGGUCUAAGGGUGGACAUGAUCAAAAACUAUAUGGAUUUGAAUUUAAAUUUUUUGGUGAUAUUAUCCCAGAG